AUAUAUAAUGCCACCCCUUCUCGCCCUUCGUCUCUCUCUCUCUCUCUCUCGAUCUCGACAUUUCUAUCUCUCUUACCAAGACAAAGACAACCUUAAACACCUAAACCAGUAAUUUCUCAUAAUUUACUCAGGAUCUUGAAAUAAUCAUGGCUGUUUUUGCAGCGUAUUUUCUGAUUUUUCUAGGCAUGACUCUUCAUUCUGAUGCUACUUAUUGUAUAUGUAAUGAUGGAUUGAGCGAUCCUGUUCUUCAGAAGAAUAUAGACUAUGCCUGUGGUGCUGGUGCUGAUUGUAAUCCAAUUCUUCAGAACGGACCUUGUUACCAACCAAACACGGUAAAAGACCACUGUAAUUAUGCAGUAAAUAGCUAUUACCAGACGAAAGGCCAAAGUGCUGGGAGUUGUAAUUUCUCAAACACAACUACUGUUACUCAGAAUGCCCCUUCAGCAGCUCCCGGUUGUGUGUAUCCAUCUAGUCCCAGUAAUAACGGACCAAGUCCGACCCCAACCCCAACCCCGACGCCACUCACACCUGGAGGAAAUCCAAACACGAGCGGCGGCCCCACAAUUCCAUUUCCCGGGUCAAAUACACCUCCCGUAUCCAAUCUUGCACCAAACGGAAUUGGCUUCGACAACGACAAUGGUACUAGUGUGACACUGAAUCGUAGCACUACCUUAAUUAUGUCCACUCUAAUUCUUUUGAUUUCAGGCUUGAUGUCUACGAGGAUCUAAUCUCACGCUUAGUAAAUAAAACAGAAUAGCUUAUGACAAAAAAAAAGUUUAAACGUCUUUUUUUCUUUCUUAAUAUACAGAUGUAUCAGAAUUUUUUGUUCAAUUAUAUUAAUUGUUGUGAUUUUGUAGUUUUGCCUAAGUCGAGAAUGCUUGAGGCUGACAUUUAGGACUAAUUUUGCAUGACGUUGGAAAGAUAGUGACUUGUGAACAAAACAUUUGGACGAAUGAAGUAUUUUCUACGCUA